AACCGUGGGAAACUUUAGUUUCCAGGGCAUUUAAGUCGCCCUCAUUAACCCUCAUUAAUGUUUUUAGUGUUUUAAUUUUGUUUUUUUUUACACCAGACAGUAACACACUAACCUUUAAUAUCACUUGUUGCUUUUAUUGCCACCCCCCCACACACACACACACACACACACACACAGCUGAUGAUGGGGAAGCUGUUUUAGCUGCCAGCGGCUACGGAACUUAGCAUCGGCAGCUAGCCGGUUUAAAGCUGCCUGCGAGGACCUCCGACGUGAUAGCUAACCGUGUUAUGAACGUGUUGUUGUUGUUGUUGUUGUUGUUGUUGUUUUCAGACUGUGUGUAUUUGCGGGUCAUGUGACCGUCUGUGCUUCACCACGCGCUGUCGGUUGUUCGCUCAACUUGUGCUCGCGGAUCCGAGCUAACCGGAGCUAACACGGCGAGCUAACGGCGGCUAGCUGCGUGAGCUCGCUGUGUUAGUGUGUUUGUGUGUUGACUUCUUCGUUCUGGCUCGGGUGUGUUUGGAUGCCUCCACCUAUGCGAGCCCUGGAUGAGAACUGGACCUGAGCCUCGGGCUGUCUGUGAUGUCCAGAGCUUUUCUCCUCGCAUCACCUGACCCCUCCUGAUCCAUUUAACCAGCUAUAUAUUCUUUGUCCCAUACCAAUCCCUCCUCUCUGCUUGGCAACACUAUGAUAAUUUACACUGACCCCACCCGGCCCACUGGGAUAAGAAUCCCCCAAAACCAAGCUCUCCAAAUGAUAUGAUAGUAGCCGCCUGGAUCACUUUCUGUGCCUGCAGGAGCCUUGCACAGGUUCUGCUCUUCCUUUCGUCCUCAAACUCCCUCCCUCCAUUCUGGGAGACCCUCGCCAGUGUGGUCUCCGGCACUGGAACCAUGGGUAACAGCUGUGUGUGCCGGGAGGAUAGUGAUUUGGAGGACCAUCACCAUGGGUCGUCAAGGGCGACGCGAGGACAAGCUCGGCGGGUGGAUCACGGUACAGGUGCUGGUGUUGACGCCGGAGAGCCUCGGAGCAGUCGACCCAGGGACCCGGUCAGGCCCCCACGCCGAGGACGAGGCCCCCAUGAGCCAAGACGGAAGAAGCAGAAUGUGGACGGCCUGGUGCUGGACACGCUGGCUGUCAUCAGGACACUGGUAGACAAUGACCAAGAGCCCCCUUACUCCAUGAUCACUUUGCACGAGAUGGCAGAAACAGAUGAUGGUUGGCUGGAGGUUGUCCAGUCUCUUAUUCGAGUGAUCCCAUUGGACGAUCCGCUUGGCCCUGCAGUGAUCACCCUUCUAUUAGACGAGUGUCCCCUGCCCACCAAGGAUGCUCUCCAGAAACUCUCUGACAUGUUGAGUUUGAGUUCGGCUGUAGCACGACAGGACGCCCUGAACCCUGCUAAACACAGAAACACCACAGCCGUCCUGGGAUGCCUGGCAGAGAAACUGGCUGGUCCGGCCAGUAUUGGAUUGUUGAGCCCUGGAACCCUUGAGUACCUUCUAGAGAGUCUGAGCUCUGAGGCCCACCCUACUGUCAUGCUGUUUGCCCUCAUCGCUUUGGAGAAGUUCUCCCAGACCAGUGAGAAUAAACUGACGGUGUCUGAGUCUUGUAUCAGCAAGCGACUCGCUGUUCUGGAGUCGUGGGCAGAGCAGCCCGACUACCUGAAGAGGCAGGUUGGAUUCUGCUCGCAGUGGAGCCUUGACAACCUGUUCCUAAAGGAAGGCCGUCAGUUCACCUACGAGAAGGUCAACCUCACCAAUAUCAACGCCAUGCUCAACAGCAACGACGUCAGCGAGUACCUCAAGAUCUCCCCCACUGGACUGGAGGCACGAUGUGAUGCCUCAUCCUUUGAGAGCGUGCGUUGUACAUUCUGCGUGGAUUCAGGCGUUUGGUACUACGAGGUGACGGUCAUUACGUCAGGAGUGAUGCAAAUCGGAUGGGCCACCAAGGACAGCAAGUUCCUCAACCAUGAGGGUUAUGGGAUAGGAGACGAUGAAUACUCAUGUGCGUAUGAUGGCUGCAGGCAGCUCAUCUGGUACAACGCUCGCAGUAAACCUCACGCUCACCCCUGCUGGAAGGAGGGAGAUGCCAUUGGCUUCCUGUUGGACCUCAGCAAGAAGCAGAUGAUCUUCUAUCUGAACGGACAUCAGCUGCCGCCAGAGAAACAAGUCUUCUCCUCGGCCACGUCCGGUUUCUUUGCAGCAGCCAGCUUUAUGUCAUACCAGCAGUGUGAGUUUAACUUUGGGGCCAAGCCUUUCCGUCACCCACCUUCUGUCAAGUUCAGCACCUUCAACGACUUUGCUUCACUGAUGCCCAGUGAAAAGAUCAUCCUACCCAGACACCGGCGUCUGGCCUUACUAAAGCAGGUUAGCAUCCGAGACAACUGCUGCACGCUGUGUUGUGACGUCAUGGCUGACACGGAGCUGCGGCCCUGUGGACAUGGUGGUAUGUGUAUGGAGUGUGCCUUACAGUUAGAGACGUGCCCCCUGUGCCGCCAGGACAUCCAGACCCGCGUCAGACUCAUUGCACAUGUCUCCUGACACACUUCCUGCCCCUCGUCCAAUAAGGAGAGACACACAAGCCCUAAGACCUCCUCCUCUAAUCCCCUCUCACCCAACAGGGCUGCGAGGACGGCACCACAAUGUUGCGAUGAUACCAGAACUGUGACUUCUGGUAAGAGGAGGCGAAGAUGAGAGGAGAGGUGGAAAGAGAGGAGAUGAGAGGAGGUGAAUUUAAAACCACAGCUGGAUCCCUGGGAUCUUUCCCCUCAUUUACCUACAUCUCCUCUUGUGUAUCCUUCUGACAACUCACUGCAGAAGCUGGGCCAAGAAUUGUCAACUUUCUACCAACUGUUUGUUUUCCAUACAGCAGAAGUGAGGAGCAGAAACAAUUUAAGCAUAUUACAAACAGAACCAACCUCUCAUCUGUAAGCCCCUGCGUAGAGUUACCAGACAUCCUUUCUGUGAUAUGAGGAUCCCACUGCGCUUUCAGCCCAGAGGCUACUACUAUUUAAUCCCAUCACCAUCAUCAUGCACAUGUCUGCAGAUCUGUAAGGGCUGGGUAGCAGAAAUGGACACAGCCUGUAGUACAGUAUUAAACCCAAGGUACAGAUAAAUCUGAGAUGUAUCUCACUCUCAUGUUUUUGGGUAUAGAAAUGCAAAUGAUGGUGAUCUUGAGGUAGCAUUUUCAUUCUCUUUUUCUCAAGCUUGUACCAGUACCUAUCGUUUGGUCCAACUUGGUGUCAGACAGCUUAAAAGUUUCAGAAUUAUUCCCAGAGUUCAGUUUUCUGAUUUGGUUUUACAAAAGCAGAUGUUAAAAAUCAAAUCAUGGGUUACACAGACAACUGGUUAAAAAAAACAAAAAAACAACCCAAAAUACUUGAAUCUGUAUUAGAACUAAUUGAUUUACAGCACGGCUGACCCCUGCUGCUUUUUGUGAUUUAUCAUCUUUGCUCAGAUGUUGAUAUUUCCUCAGUCUCAGUCAUGUAUGUAACUACCACAACAAAUAAAUACACAGGGAUUAGAAUUUACAGAGUGUUUCGUCUGUAAAUUAAAUCAUGUUUUUUUUUUUUUUUAAUUUCUCCAAUUAUAAGUGGGGGUUAUGUACAACUGAAUUCCCACCACCACUUUCUGAAUUUAUAUUGAGAUUUGCCCGAUUGCUGCUAAUAAUUUGGCAGCAAAAAGUGAAUAUGUCUUAAUUUUUUUCUUUUUUUGGGGGGGUUUGUUUUUGGAGAAACGCGCGUGUGUCUGUAUCAAGACGACUAUUUUCAAUCCACAAGAUGUGAUUUAAAUUUUGUAUCGUAAAAUGAUGGCAAACACAAAUGUGGAAACUUGGUUGAGAGGUACAACAGGUUUAUGUUGAUUGACAUUGUUGUUUUAGCUGAUCAGUAAAUCGUUUAAAACAAAUGUGAAAUGUUUAAGUGAAUCGUUUUUGGUUUUUUUCCUCUCAUCAGUUUACUAAAUAUCCCAGAGUCAUUCUUUAGAUGUUGUUGGCAUCUUGACAUCCAUUAGCAAAAGACGCUAACCACAGCACAAUGACAUGACCUUAAACAGUGUGGGCUUCAGUACCCCAGACAAAUGUGUAUUUAUGUUUCACUUCCAACAAAUCUCAGCACACUUACCGGGGUUUCCUGCAUACAGAAUUUGUUGGACUGAGUCAAAUUUGGUUUCCCUCUUUUGUGCUUUAUAUAAUAGAGCACAUACCUCUGCUCUCCUUUUGCCAUUUUCCCACAUCUUUCUCCCUUCUGUCUUUAUAAGAACCUCAUGGGUCUGUCUGUCCUUCUGUCCAUCCUUUACUUGAAGCAUCUCUGGGCUGACUGACUGACUGAUAUUUGUAUUUUGGGAACAGCUGACCGAAAUGAAAACAUAAGAGAAAUUGUGAUUCAAGAGAAAAUUCUAUUUGUACAAUUUUAAAAGAAAGGAGGAAAAAAAAAAAGACAUUUCAAAUUAUCACACUGACUUAUUUUGAAUUUAUUUUGGUCAAAUUGUUUAGGAAAGAGUUACUGCUCCACCAAAUUGCAUGAACAGGAUCUGUAAAAAUCAUUCAGACUAUACUGGAAUGAUUUCUAAAACAUGCAUCUCUCAGUAUGACAAAAGAUUGGUCUGGUCACUGUUUGCUAUCAUUAUUUCCUGAUGCACCUUAUACAUGCAGGUGAGAGAAAUUAUACGGUUCUCUCUACGGUUGGAGAUGGAUUUCAGGAUUGUAAAGAAUAAAUUGUGAGUUGUAUUUAAAAAAACAUCUUUAAAGGAAUUUUGCCCCAGAGUUCCCAAAGAUGUGAUUGAUUGAAGAAUUGUUGUUUCCUGGAUUGUGAUAUUUGUAAUAAAUGUAUGUGUGACA